AUUCGUGGACCCCAAAUGUCACCACCCAGAAGUGGUAGAAGAACGCCUCCAAGACAAGAAGUUGUUAUACCCCCAACAGCAGUUGAUACACCGACGAGGAAUGACAGAGUUUCACCUAUAGAAGAGAGAAAGUCUAAUGCUAGCAUUGGGUCUACAAGAAUGUCUCCUAUGAGAACAUCAAGUAUAAGAAGAACAAGUAUUAGACAACCAAGUCCUAUGAGAGAUUCUUCUCCAGCAAACCCUCCUGUAAUGGGAAGAUUUGUAACAUCCAUUGAUUCUAGAAAUAGAUCAAGAAGUAGAUCAAGAAGUAGAGAAAGAAAUAGAUCAAGAAGGAUAUCUAUCAGAAGAUCACCCAGAGCAAUAAGUAGGGGAUCACUUAGAUCAAGAAGUCUUUCCACCCAAUCAAGAAAUAGAAAUCCUCCUCAAUUGAGUCAAAUAAAUCCUAUCCCGCAGAUUAGGAAUGAUAAUGACUCUCCAAGGUUGCAGUAUCAAGCAAGACCUCCUCAGCCUAUUUCAGGAGUACUCUCAAGCUCGAUCUUUGGAAAUAAUACGAAUAGUGUUACAGGAAUGUUUGGAAAUAAUCUUGGAAACUCAAAUGAGUUUUCAAAUAAUAUGACUUCUAAUACUUUCGGCACUAACAGAAAUAACUCAGGGAAUGUCCUGGGAGCAGCACAAAAUAUAUCUUCAAAUGCUCCAGGUGUAUUUGGAGAUGGAAGUGGCUUCGGAAAUUCAGGAUUAGGAAUAUUUUCCAAUAGCACACAACCGAUUAUGGCUGGAGGAGGUCUCUUUAAUAAUUCUAUGCCAAAUUCUAAUCCGUUCAUAGAUUUAGGAAGGAACAACUUAAACUCUCUCACUAUAGGAGGAGCAAACACAGCUACCCUCGGAUCUUUGAAUGUAAAUAAUGUUGUGAACUCAGAUAACCCCGAGCUAGAUAUCCUCAAAUGCAAUAUAUGCUUCAGAACUGACUACUCUGAUGCCUUGCUUUGUAAGAACUGCACUGGCCAAGCAUGCAGAGAUUGCUGGAACCGUAUUGAUUUUGGAAACAGACAAUGCCCUUACUGUAAAAGCUUUAUCAAUAUGUCUGAGUUAGUCAGAAAUAGAUUCGUAAACGAAGUCAGAGAUAUGCUCAAUGACCCUAAUAGAAACAAUGAUGGUAUCAAUAAAACGUGUCCAACCCAUGACUUGAAAGGAGCCCUUUACUGUGAGACUUGUCUCAAAUUUGUCUGUAAGGAGUGCAUUAAGAAAGGCACCCAUAAUGGCCAUGAAGUUAAUGACAUCGAAGAAAAAUCAGAGCUUAAGGAGAAAAUUAAGAACAUAGACAAGUUCAAAUCUAAGAUAGACAAUAUCGACGAAAAGUUCAAAGAUUAUAAGAAGAGCUUUAAAAAGUAUUAUGAUAUUAACGAAGAGGAGUUGACCUGGAUGGGUCAAAGACUCAAGCAGAAGAUUAACGAAGCGAUUGACGAUGUCAUUGAAGAAAGAAUCAAGACUGUUCAAAAGGUUGAAAAGAAAUAUGAUGAAUUCUGUAAAGAUUCUGAACUUCUUGGCAAAGCAAAGAAAGAAGUUUUAUCUGAUGAGAAUAAAACUCUUGAAAUUGAUGAAAUCAAAGAUGGAUUUACAAAAUUCUUACAUCAAAACAAAUGUGGAGAGAUUGCAAAACUGAUCAAAGAAGAUGGCAAUGAAGUCGACAUUCCCUCUCUAAUGAACCUAUACAACCUCCCAGAAAUGAGUGAAUCCAAGGGAGCUUACUCUCUCCUAUUCACAAAAUCAAUCCUCUCAAAACUAAAGUCAAUCAACACGAUCUAAUCCAUCCAAAAUCUCCCAUCCUUCUCAAUAAA